CUUUAUUGGGACAUCCUUCUCACUUUUGUCAAAAUAAGGCCACGUUUAUGAUGCAUUGUCACAAAAAAACAGGAAGUUGACUGACUUAGUUCUCUCAUGCGUCUGACACAUUUUCAAAACAGUUUCGGAGAGGAACACACACAGACUCUCAGGGCAAUGGAUGUUUAUAAAGAAGCACUGAAUUAUCUGGAGUCGUACAACAUCUCCGUGGAGGAUGAAGUAUAUCCUGAACUUGAAGAGGACGUAUUCCAUGAAGAUUCUUAUCUCCACUCACCUCUGCAGUCAGAUUGUGUGGACUUACCUGACACGCCUACACUGUGCUCUCCAGAGGCUCUGUUGGAGAGGAGGCUAACCGUCCUGAAGGCUAUCCUAGAGAGUGAGCAGCUCUACCUCAGCGAACUGCAGACACUGCUCACGCCUAUGAAAGCCUUGAAGGCUUCUGCAGGGACUUCUCAACCAGUCCUGUCGAGCCAGCAGGUCCAGACCGUCUUCUAUCAAGUACCAGAACUCAGGGACCUGCACAGAGACUUCUACACCGGCCUCAGGACCAGGCUGGAGGCCGGAAUGAGGCCCGGGCCUGGGCCGCAGUCAGACCAGGGAGCUCAAGUAGAACAAAGCCCGAUGGAAACGUCUGGCUGUGUGGGAGAUGAAGCUGGUGGGUCGGAGAUGAAGCUGGUGACAGGCCAUGGUGGCUUCCAGUUAACUGUCGGGGACCUGUUCCUGAAAAUGGUAAGCCAGCUGCGUGUGUAUCGAGGCUUCAUAGAUAACUAUGAGAGUGCUGUGGAGAUUGUGAGGAGGUGUACACAAACCAACCAGUGCUUCAGAGAACUAUCACAGAGUAUGAUGUCAUGUAAUGGAAUAGACAAAAUUAAGACUUCGUACACCUUUGAAGCACUUCUGUACAAGCCUCUGGAUCGGAUCACCAAGACGACCUUAGUGUUACAUGACCUGCUGAGCACCACACCUCCGAACCACGAGGACCAUCCAGUGCUGCAGGAAGCCCUGAGGCUUUCACGGGGCUUCCUCUCCGGCCUCAACGAGGGCUCACGCUGCAGGCGAGAAGUCACGCUCAGCCACGCCUUGCGACGCCAGGUGAUCCGUGACGGCUUCGUGGUGGAUGUGUGUGAGGGAGGGCGUAACCUUCGCCACCUCUUCCUCUACACUGACCUGCUACUGUGUGUGAAGAUGAAGGGCGGGGCUACAGGUAAGCAGACCUACUACAGGUUUUGUUGGUACCUGCCCCUGGCUGGUCUGAAACUGCAGUGGGGGGCAGAGACAGAGCGAUCGGCCGACACACACCUGCGCAUACAGACCAUCAGAUCCAAGAUGUUCCAGUUACGACAAGAGCUACGGCACUCAAACAUGGGGCUAGUUAAGGGUUUGGCAGCUCGUUUUCUGGAGAAAAGCAAGAGGAAGAUGGAGCAGUUGGAACUGAUGCUGCUGACGCUCGCUCCUGUCCCCUAUCUGGACCUCCACAGCCCCAGUGGCAAGAGCCAUAUGUUCUUGCUGUCCUCCCUGUUUGAGCUGGAGGAAUGGAGAGAAGCCAUCCUCAAACUCACAGGAGAAGAUAUGGAAACAGUUCCACCAGAUCUUCUCACCCUGACCAGCUCCUGUGUCAAGCUACGGAUGACUCAACAGCCUCCUCUACGCAGCCUACUGACUGAGGAUGAGGACCAGUGUUUGUGUGGGACUCUGAGUGUGGCCGUCCAGUCAGCGUGUGGACUCCAACAGCCAGCCAGUGUGUCUGUCAGCGUGGAGGUGGAUGGUUAUGACUUCUACCCGACCCAGGGCCAGACCCACUCCUCCGUCCCCUCCCUGUGCCCGCACUGGCACCAGGAGUUCUCGUUCCGCGUGGACGGAGCGCGGCAGAUGAGGGUCGUGUGUGUGCGAGAGACGGGGCAGGGAGCGGACUCCGAGGACACGGUUCUAGGCAAGACCUCCGUACAGCUGGACCCAGCCGUGCUACAGAAACAGUGGAAGAGACGGUGCAUAUCCCUGGGCCAGGUGGAGGUGACCCUCUUCCUGAAGUACCUCCCCCACCCACUGGACCCGCCCAGCAUCACACCUGACCAGCAACAGCCCGUGUUCUGUGUUCCCAUUGGAGCUGUAGCGCUGCAGGAGGGGGUGCUAGUGCCUCAUGUGGUGCGCUGCUGUGUGGAGGAGGUAGAGAGGAGGGGCCUGGAGGAGCUGGGCAUCUACAGGAUAUCAGGAGCCCUCAGUGACAUCAGCACCCUCAAGACUGCCUUCAGCACCAGUCUGCGUGAGGCCGUGUCCAGGUUGAGGAGUGUUGACAUACACGCUGUCUCAGGGAUCCUCAAGCUGUACUUCAGAGAACUACCCCAACCACUCAUACCCACAGAGCUGUUCCUAGACCUGUCCAAGGCACUCAAUAUCCCAGACAUGGGCACCCGGAUCAGCACCCUGCUGUCUCUGCUCCAGUCCUGUCCUGACGUCAACAUCAACACCUUCUUCUUCCUCCUCCACCACCUCAAAAGGGUUGCAGAGAAGCAGGAAGUGAACAAGAUGCCAUUAAUGAACCUGGCCACAGUAUUCGGUCCUACUCUCUUGCGCCCACCUGUGGCCACACUGGGGAACUCCUUCCCGAGAGUGGACAUUUCCCAGGAGGUAGUUGUGCAGGUCCAGGUGGUCUUCUUCUGCCUGCUGUGUGAUCACCUCCCUGCAGCCUGGACCUCCAUGCCUCAUGACUCAGAGGAGGAUGAGGAGGAAGACACCAUCAUGUGAGGCCAAACUCCUGGAAACAUCACUGUUGGCCAACAGAAGGACUCUCUCUGUCAACCACAGACACUGUAAAAAUAUUUAUUUUCGUAAAUGUUGUUGACAAUUGCUAGGAUGGAUUGUAGUAUUGUAGUUCUGAUGGACCCUCCAUCCUCCAGAUUUUGUGUACAGACUCUAGUUGUGUGUUUGGAUGAUGGGAAGUAGAAAUAUGGAAGGUUGGUCAUGGACACAGAUGUUGUGGGAAGGGUGGUAGGUCAGCAACCUUCAUCAACCUGGCUUGAAAUUGAAUUGGUUACGGUUCAAAUCCAACUAGAAGGAGUUCAUAUCACGACACACACACACGUUUGACCCGCCCCUACACCCCACACCCGGGGGUCUCCUUUCAAGGCCCUCUGCUUAGUGCACCUGGGCAGGGUGGGCUAAUAUUACCUCGUCAGCCCCCCCAACCCCCCAUUUCUUUUGAUCCCUAAUCCCAGCCCCCCCCCCCCCCACACACACACACACACACUCCCAUAACCACACAUUCCUAUAGACCCACAACGUCUUGACGAGGCCUCCGUGUGUGCGUGUUUGCGAGGACGUGUGUGUAAGUGUGUGUCAGUAUGCCAUAACAACAUCCAGACCUCGCCUGGAGACAAAGGACUCCCUGAGACCCCUCCCGCCCUCUGUGUCGUAAAUCACCUGUCCCACUCGCCCCCGCGACUGCCAAAAUAAGGUUCCCAUUGCAGACUACAAAGACAGUGUACAAUGGGGCUGGAAUUCAGGAAGGUCUGUUUUUCAGUGAAUGGAGGGGAGCCGACCUCUAUGAAUAAGACACCAGGAACACACCUGAAGGGCUGGGAAAGUUUCCACAGAGGCAAGGACAAGUGGAUAAAGAAAAGUGAAAAAGACAAAGGGAGGUUAGCAUCUUAGCCUGUUGGAGCUAACAGGCUGGAGGUAUUUAGCGGCAUUGGUCUUAGUAACUUCAGGGUUUGGAAUGUACAAAAAUAAAUGAAUUAAGCCUACAUACUAA